CAUGAAGCCUUCUAUAAAAGGAAGCCCAACCUUGGGUUCCUUAGGUCUACCCGAUGAACCGGUCACCAUUGAAGAAGCACUUUCGGGGCCAUAUCACAAGGAGUGGAGGAAAGCCAGAGAUGGAGAGGACCCUCACCUACCUUGUGCAAAGGGAGGAUGAAGGCUUGCUGUUUGAAGGAGGAGAAGAGAGCCUUGAGCUCAUGGGAUAUGCCGAUGCCUCACAUGCAUCGGACAAGGAGACGAGGAGGGGGGCAUACGGCUAUGUCUACCUCCUUGGUGGGACAGCCAUCAUGUGGCAAGCGAAGAAACUCGACGAUAUUGCUCUCUCAAGCGCCGAAGCCGAGUACAUGGCAUUGUUCUAUGCAUGCCAAGAGGGGAUCAACGGAAAUCUGGGUACCCAAUUACCCUCCUUUGCGCCAAUUACUACUCUAAGAAUACCACGAUGUUCUAUAUGCGGGACACUUCAGAAGCAACAAAACGCUCACCGGUAUUGCAAAGCACUACUACUGGCCCCACAUGGCAGACAACGUCCAGCAAUUUGUCACCUCGUGUACGACAUGUCAACGGAUGAAGAGCAGCAAGCAGAAACAGGCAGGACUGCUACAGCCUCUUCCUCUCCAGAAAAGCCAUGGCAAGUGGUUCGCCUGGAUUUCAUAACCGGGUUACCAACUAUCACAGGCGGUCAUGACGCAAUCCUCGUCGUCAUCGACAAAUUCUCCAAAAUGUGACACUUCAUCUCGACACACACGA